AUGUCGGAUCCAGGUACCCCUAUGUUCGUUGACGACGACGAGUCCAUCGCCUCUUUCUCUCCUAUGCAGGAAACACCAUCGGCUCCACAUCCCCGUAUCGCAGCUUUGGAACGUGCUGCUGAAGCUAUGGAUGGCCUGUAUGUUAUACACUUCGUCAUCCUUUUGUUAUGCUCUUCCCCGUCCUUUUGUUAUGCUCUUCGCCCCCCUUUUCUCUAUACUCGCUGUCGACGAUCCUCUUUCUGCCGUUGCCUUUCAUAUACCACGUCUUGUGGGAUGACAUAUUCACCGGGAGGCUAUGAAGAACAACUAUGAGAGGGUUGUGCAAAGAGACACAGGAGAGUUAUUGAGUCUCCUGUCUCUCUUUGUAUUACCCAUCAUACUCUUCAAGUCCUUGUGGAGAGCACACUUGCUCUCGAGUCUCUUGGAUGUAGGGCUCAGUGGUCUAGCGUCGCAGAGGAAACUCGACAGCAAUGCUGUUGGCGUCACUCGGAAAUUAGCAACGGGAUGUGUGCCUGAAAAGCUAUGUCCGACUGCUCGAUCGAUGCCUUAUGCUUUCCCCGAUAGCCCUAACCCUAUGGUUCGGUUAAGAUUUGAGCUCCGCCGUCCCCCACUAAUCGAAGGCUCCGGUCGCUGAAUACUGAAGCAGCGAAGAAGCUCAAUCUCCCGCUCGCGAGCCCUCCCUCACGCCCACUCCCUCGGUCGCUCCUGCUCCUGCUGAAGACGACACCGCCGCCCAGUCUCCUCCACCUGAUCCAAAUUCUCUCGAGGAGCUCACUCGCAACCUAAUUCGCAAGGUACCACUCGGAACCAGAGCACGCCUCGCAGCUGAAGCAGCCGAGAAAGCCAAGAUGCCUGUCGAGAAGGAGUUCCCACCAGAGCCAACACAGAAACCCAUCGACAAUACCCUCGCGCAACGUCUUCGCAACGACGCCCCUCUGCGUGAAAACGAGCAGCUCACCCUCGAAAAUAUGAUCAAUAUCCUUAAUCCUCGUCCUCGCGACGACCCAACUGCAGCGGCUCCUCGCGAGGCUUCGAUCCCCGCCAUCGCCCAAUAUCUACCAGGUGCGGCUCCGGAUGACGGCAACAGAGGCUUCGUAUUGGGUCCUGGCGAAGUCUCCAUUCAUUCCAAGAAGGGCUAUGAAUGGGUCUUCUCCGAGGUUGAUUUUCGCAAAGCCUCCAAAGACUUUGCAAAGCUCCUCGAUGAGCACAAACCAAUUACUCGCACCAAAGCCCAGCGCGACGCUGGCAACACGAUCAAGUGGAAGUUCGAGUUGGUCCCCAAUGAGGAGAACCCAACUGACCUUCGCCUUCGAUCUUUCAAGUGGAUCGUAAGUGAUCCUCACCUCUAUCAUCUCCCCCGUUCAUUCGUGGUAUACUGACCUUUCAAAGAACCCUGCUAGCAAGGCCAAGCUCAAGGUUAGCGACUUGGAGCGUGAUGUCGGAGAGAACCCACCAUUCAACCAGAUGUACGAUCUGUUCUUCCGUAUCAUCACCAACAACGCAACAGACUUCGGUCCUGUUGCUGGAGUCUCCAUCGAGGACAAGGACGUUGUCGCCAACGACAAGCGUUUUGUUGCCAGAACCAUAGGUGUACUCAUUCUCACCGAGGAACACGGUGCUAUGGAUGCUGUCGGUCGCUUCUUGGAGAUGCUUUACCUCCGAAUGGGCCAACGUUUGUGGGAUUACAUCCGAGGCAACCCAGAGACCUGGAUUAACAUUGCCACUCGCAUUCAAUCGCCCAUCAUCUUCCGCGAGGCAAUCAUCCAUUGUGUUGGAAAGAUCGACUCACGUUACCAGCGAAUUAACCCCGCGCAAUUCCGUAACAAGGGACCUGUCUUUCUGGCAAUCGAGAAAUUGAUCCAGAAGAAGAUCGAUCAACUUAAAGUGUUGAAGAAGAAGACCGAGGAGGACCUCAUCAAUUUCUGGCCAGUGGCGAUGUAUCAUCCGCACUCUUCGAACGCCUAUAUCCCGGAUAGAACGGUCUACUCGUCUGACAUCUACCUGUACCAAGGCAAGUUACUCUCUGCCCUCUUCUUCUUGACCACCUUACUAACUUUCCACAGCCCGUAGUAUCUGGAUGCAAUACAUCGCCAAUGCCUUCCUUCGCGACUACCAUCAUCGGGCCGAUGAUGGAGGCAUCCGUCUCUACCGAACCAUUGCGACGGGCGGUGUGACUUACCUCACACCCGCCUCGCUCCACAACUUUACCUCCCGAUUCGCGAUGUCGGCUCGUGCUUUGGAGAUCUUGACGAAGGCGGUGGAGGACUGCAAGACCGAGGCGGCCGAGUACAUGAAGGAGCUGACGAGAGAUAACACUCAGGGUCAGUCCAACGACAAGGCCAGGCUGGGUUAUCUCACCUGUGUCUGGGUCGAGGACGAUGAGUUUCCUUUCUGA